CACACCACAACCAACGACCCUUGACCUGCUACCGUUACGCAGACCCCGCGAAGCUACGCCUGCGCUUUGAUCUACGCUUCACCGACCGCUGACUACCAGCGCAUCCUGCUGCCUAUCUUUAUCCUGUAGCCUGUAUCGACAGGCCUAGCCGCGGGCACGGCCGAGCUCCGCACCUCUAACCAUCGCACCGCACCCUACAUCCUCCAACCCCGGCCCUAUAAAACAAUGGCUUCAAGGAAGAAGGUCCUUCUCAAGGUCAUUAUCCUCGGCGACAGUGGCGUGGGCAAGACUAGCUUGAUGAACCAAUAUGUCAACAAGAAGUUCAGCGCGAGCUAUAAAGCGACCAUCGGCGCCGAUUUCCUCACCAAAGAAGUUCUCGUGGAUGAUCGACUGGUAACAAUGCAGUUGUGGGAUACUGCUGGCCAGGAGCGAUUCCAGUCAUUAGGUGUCGCCUUCUACAGGGGCGCCGACUGCUGCGUGCUGGUUUACGAUGUCAAUAACUCCAAGAGCUUCGACACACUGGACAGCUGGCGAGACGAGUUCCUGGUGCAAGCCAGCCCAAUGGACCCCGAAAGCUUCCCGUUCGUCGUUAUUGGCAAUAAGAUCGAUGUGGAGGAGAGCAAGAGGAUGAUCUCGCAAAAGCGCGCCAUGACCUAUUGCCAAUCCAAGGGCGGCAUCCCGUACUUCGAAACGAGCGCAAAAGAAGCUAUCAACGUCGAACAGGCCUUUGAAGUUAUCGCGCGACAGGCGCUGGCUCAAGAAGAAGUAGGAGACUUCAACUCUGACUUCCCCGAGACAAUCCCGAUAGAUCUCAAGGGCAACGAGGGCGGAUGCGCGUGCUGAUAAGGGCAUGCUCGCCUACAGUAUCCUCUUUCGCACCGUCCAUUCCGGUACUGGUACAUGUGGCCCUCUCGCGGCGUAUGGUGUCUGGCGUCGUGCAUACCUCUUGAGAGAGGCUCCCUUUUGCUCGCCUUCCACCUGUCUGGGUUUCGAGCGUUACAUAGUUGCCUACAUAGCUGCCUACACAGCUGCCUACAAGCACGAAUCAUUGAAA